AUGUACACCCACCAGAACGGAGCAGAGAGGCGGCCCGGCCGCAGUGGUGGACCUCCGCAGUGACACCGUCACCAAGCCCUGUGCUGAGAUGAGAAGAGCGAUGGCCGAGGCGGAAGUUGGGGACGAUGUGUAUGGAGAAGAUCCCACCAUGAACCAGAUUCAGCGCCAGGCCGCCCAACUGUUCGGAAUGCAGGACGCGCUCUUCAUGUGCACCGGCACAAUGGCCAAUCUGACGGCAGUGAUGAGUCAUUGUCGGAGGAGAGGGGCCGAGGUCCUGCUGGGGGACGAAUCUCACAUGUACAUCUAUGAGCAGGGGAACAUGGCGCAGGUGGCGGGAGUGUUUCCUCGCCCAGUGAGGACACUAAAAGAUGGUCGUCUGGACCUGGAAGACCUGGAAAGUAAAAUCCAGCACUGGUACCCGGAUGUCCAUUUCGCACAGACGCAACUCAUCUGCCUGGAGAACAGCCACAACCGCAUGGGGGGGCGCGUCCUUCCGAUCUCCUACAUGAAAGAGGUGCGGGACAUCGCUGAUCGCUAUGGGCUGAAGAUCCAUCUGGAUGGGGCCCGGCUGAUAAAUGCCGCCGUGUCGCUGGGGGUGGAGCCUGCAGAGAUUGUGAAAUACUGCGACUCCGUGUCCCUCUGUCUGUCCAAGGGACUCGGGGCUCCAGUGGGCUCACUGCUGGGCGGGACGGCAGAAUUCGUGGCAGACGCACGGCGAAUCAGGAAGAUGCUUGGAGGAGGGAUGCGCCAGGCUGGUGUAAUGGCAGCCCCUGGAUUGGUCGCAUUGAAACAUGCGCGGGAAAACCUGACAUUGGAUCACCAAAAUGCCAAAACAUUUGCCAAAGGUAAGAGUGCAGACGCCGGGUGA